AUGUCUAACCCACAAGAAAACCCUGGAACUCCUCCACCACCAUCUCCCUCAAAUUCAUCCUCAUCUACUCCACCCAGUGUAUCCCCAAAACCUAGACUACUAAGGGUGAAAAUGCUUGCUCGAAAGACUGUAUCAUCUGGGGCUCUGAGGAAGGCUUUAAAUGAAAGGUUGAAAGCAAGCCAAGUGAAAGAAAGCCAAGCUCCAAAUUCUAACUCCAGCUCUGAGUCUGAAUCCUAUCAAUCCGCAACUGAGGGGGAAGGACAUGAGUUUUUUGACUCUGAAAAGAUUCAAGAAUCUCCUUCUGAGGUAAGUUCAUCUGUGAUUGAAAACCUAGAGACUAGGUUUGUUCUGGUUGGACCAAUUAGAGAUGUUGAAGUGCUUGAGAAACGUAGGAGUGGAGCUGCUGAGGGGUUGGUUCAUCUGAGCACACAGAGAGAUGAUCCUGUUUCAUCCACUGAAGAGACCCUAACUGAUCUACUGAAAAAGGUUGGGGCAAGCUAUGACCCAAAGAAACGCAGAACUCCCACAACAGAAACCCCAAAUAUUCCUAAGCCUUCCAAGAAAAAAAAGGCUUCAUCUCCAACACCUACUACCUCCUCAUUGCCAAGGGGUAGAGCCACAAGAAGCAGGGUGACAUAG